GUGCCAUGCAUCCUGAGCGGCUCAAUGAUGUUGCUGAUGGAUCAUCCAAUGUUAGGGAGGUUUGGAAAUUCUCAUUCAAAUAGAUUAGCACUGCCCCUGCGAUUGUCGGGAGAACUGGAAACAUGUACUGGACUCCAUAUUGGGUGAGAGGGAGGUCUUAUAGGACUUCCUGGUUCUGUUAAUCUACCUGUGACUGUUUCAAAAAGCUGAUCUUUCUCUUUUGGAGCACUGCUUUGCUCUUGUAGACUAAAAAAAAUCGCUUUUACCUCUGGUUUCUGUUUGUUAAACUUGUUUAGCCUUUCAUAUGAAACGAUGAAUUCUCCAUGAUAUUAUCACACUUGCUCUCAAAUUACCCUCCAAAGAUAGCAUCUCCUAUGUAGAUUAAAAGCGUCACUUUCCACCGAGCAUCAUGACGAAGAUUCCUGAUAGUUCCAAUGGCAGACACAUCUGAUUGAGUCACACCUGACAAGUCAAAAAAAGGCGCAAGGACAAAAUUCUAUCCCAGAUGCUUCACCCUCUAUUUUUUCUAUCUGGAUUGAUAAACCAUGCUGGAUGGGGCCAAGAGGAAUGUUUUUUUUCCAGUAAACACUCGAGAAUGCACCCCCAGCAGGCAGCAGCACAAGACAGCGAGAGGUGUGAAUGCAGUAGGGACAUGGAUGUGAAAGGGUGCUCAUAGCCCCAUGUGAUGCAAGGAGUCAAGCAUUGGGGCAAGCUUUGUCCCUAUCUCCACGUUUCAGUGCUGCUAAUCCUAGCUUCAACAUGCUUUUGCAGUGAGCUACCAUGUCCACGAUGGGCUUCUUCCAGGACACCCGCGUCGUCGGUGGUGGCAGCAGCCGGACGGCCAGGUUUCUCCAGUACCAGAGGCUGGAGUGCUGGGAGGACGCCGGAGUCGCUCCCAGUCCCAGGUCCCGGUGGCGGUGGCCGUGGCUGCCGACGGAGAAUGGUAAGAUGGCUCCCCCCUGUUUGUUCAAUGUCAAGAGGCUGAAGUGGAGCAAGAUCACCUCGGCUCUGAUACUACCAAGGAAGGUUGCUGAGCUCUCCGCAAAGAUCCGUCACGCCAGCGCCAGGACCGAGGCCGCCGCCACCAUCUGCCCGGCCGUCGUCUUCGUGUCACCGUGGGGGCUUCCUGUGCUCUCCCGGCCACUCUUGGUCGGCCACAAGAGCAGGUACCAGUAUCACCAUGGAAAGGACACCUGAUGAUGAGCUGAGCAGGUAGUACCCAAUCUGUAUUCCUGGCGAUGAUUAUAUAUGCGGCGAGCUAGUUGAUCUUGUAGUAUGUGUAGUAAUCCUCAUUUUGAUUCCCCUGCGAUGCUUGUGUCAUGCUUGAUUGGGCCCCUUGCUACGGCAUGCAUGUCAUGUUGUGCCCUCUAUCAACAUCCGUACCAAGCAAAGCAAUUGCUAUAUUCCAUCACUACCAUUCGCCCAUGUGGAUUUGGAUAUCUCGUAGGAAUUCACCGUUCUUCAUGAGCAGCUUCAA